AUGCCCGUCAAGCCCUCAAGCGCCACGGAUGUCAACCGCGGUGGUAGCGGCCCGACCCGCCGCGUGAACGCCGCAGCAGCCAGCCGAGCCCGCGGCAAGGCCCCGAAGACUGAGGCCGUGCGCGCUCCCAGGCAAAAUGCCGAUGCCGCACUCAUCUACAAAGAGGGCGCCACAGGCGCACAAGUUGAUCCCUACACGGUGCUCAUCUUCAGCGUUGCCUUCAUCGCAUCCGUCUUCCUCCUUCACAUCUGGGCCAAGUUCUCCUCCUAA